AGGUUGUCAAGGAACACGAAAACACGAGAGGACACACGAGAGGACACACGAAACCUCAAAACAACGAGAGCAGUUAUAAACGGCGGGAGCAGUUAGAAGAUGGACAAAUACUCCAGUAUGGUGCAAAAGCUAUUAUCGCUGAGUAUCAAGUUAGUAGCGGUGGACUUUGAUCAAACGAUUAUCAAUAUUCACACGCGAGGCAAUUGGCAGUUCACAAGCAAAAGCUUGGUUUCUCGUGUGCGACCAUCUUUCAAGCAGUUCUUCAUGGCAAUGUUGAAUAGUAGUGAUCUACACGUUGCUGUUGUGACUCAUUCACCGCAAAUUCCUCUUAUUCGUGAAGUUUUAGAGCAGGCUUUGCCUGAUUGUGACACUAGUCGAAUUCAUUAUAGAGGGACAGAUGGGAAGUGGAAAGAAGUGAAAGGAGUCACCAAGGAAGGAAAACAACAGCAUAUUGAAUCCGUGCGCAAUCAAAUUGAGAAAGACCACAAGGUAAAGAUUAAAAAAAAAGAGGUUAUUCUCUUGGAUGAUGAUGAAGAAAACAUUUCAGUGGCUCAGAGCUGUAAAAUGAAAGCACUUCUUAUCAAGGGAGAUGAUAGUCUUGAUGAGCUACUAGAACAGAGGUUCUGGACAUCAUCACUUUGAAUGACGGCUGCAACGCUCUCUCGUUUGCAAGAACAUAUUUCCUGGUACUACUCAAGUUUACAAGGAAAAUACCUAUAAGGCUUGAUUGUAUGUUGUCACAUGUGUAGUUUGACAACACUCAAUAUAAUUUAUCAGAAACAGCUAUUAUGAAUUAAUUCCUCCGUAUUCCUGCGUAUUCCUAGAUGUAUUUAUUUUGUACUUACCUACAAGUGUAUUUAGAAAGUGAUUCAAGAAUUGUUUUGGUGGUAACUGAUUUGUAAUAAAUGGCUGUUUUCUGA